AUGCAGCCAUUCCGGGGUGGAUUCUUCAAAUCGACGUGUUUUGUGAAUCCGAUUCAUGAAGAUCCCGCCGAUUUUUGCAUCUUCGUCAACCCCACCGUUAACCGAGGCCAAGGGCUUGUGAUCAUUGCUCCUGAAAAUGAACUCGAACAAGGCGUGGUGGACCUCGACCUUUCGGAUGAUCUGCCUAAUCUAAAUACGAUAGAAGUGGUGGAUAUGCCUGAAAAGGGCGGCAAAGGAGCGGUGGCUUCUCGCAACAUUCUAGUCGGAGAAGAUGUUGCUUUGAUGCGUCCUGUCGUUCUCCUUCCUCUUGGCCAAUCAGUAUGGAAAACUCGCUUCGGUCAAAGUGUUCGCCGGCAAGCCAUCGAUCAUUUACCGCUUCACACUAGAGCCGCUGUGGCCCGUCUGCACGGUGAAGGCACAAACACGGACGAGUUUAUUUCAAAUUUGAUUGAUGUUAACACAUUUAACAGUAAACUCCCAACGGGCUAUGCUCUUGGGAGUCUUGUGGUGGAUGCAUCUCGACUCAACCAUGCCUGCCGGCCUAACGUGAUUUACCGCUUCGAUUUUGGCACACAGAUUUUAAAAAUGAAAGCUUUCAAGCCAAUCGCAAAGGGAGAGGAGCUGACUAUAAGCUGUAAGGAGAGUAUUGUCAUUGGAUUUGCUUUGGAUACUGAAAUCACGAAACUCUUCAGAUCGCUUCCUGGACAUGACCAUAGAGGAGCGACGAGAGGGCCUCAAAAGAACUUUUGGUUUUGA